AUGAAUGGUGAUGACGGUAUAAAUUACAACAGGAUUCGAUCAAAACUCGUGCUGAAACAGAUCACUCAAAUGAUAAAUGAUGUGACGAAUAUAACAGAAACGUUUCCACUUGCACAAGGACAAACUUCAGAAGGACUUGUCGAUAAUGUUGAUACAGCACUCGUUAAUUUUCUUGAAACCGGCCAUUUCGUUGUUUCGAAAUGCCCUAUUGCGAAUAAAGACCCGAGAUCGAUUGACGCAUUACAUGAAGCUCUUCGAUACGUUCAAGAUACAGGACAAACGAUGGUUCAACGAGGCAGAGAUUUCGUCAGAGAUUCCACUUCAACAAACAAAAGGAAAAUUGCCACUAUGGCCGGAAAAAGUCUACUUGUUGCCGUCGCCGAGUUUCUGAUUCUUGCCGAUUCGAUCGAUGUGAAGCUUAUGGUCGACAAAAUUGAUGAGUUACGCGAUACAGUUCACCGAAUGCUUGAAGCUGGAUCGAAAAUUGAAGUCGAGGAACAAUAUAAAAUUCUUAUUUCAUUAAUUGAAGAGCUUGAUGUUACUGUCCGGCGAAGAGCUGUUGAUUUAGUGGAAAGAGAGCAACGAGAUGAUUUAUUGGCAGCUCGAUCAGCACUUCGUCAAACUGCGCCUCUGUUUUAUACAUCAACAAGAACAUUUGUACGGCAUCCAGAGCAUGAAGAAGCUCGAAGAAAUCGAGAUUAUACUGCAAAGGAGAUGAAUGCUGCAUUGAAUGCUCUCGAAUCAGUUCUGAAUGGACAGCAGCCAGACAUUGUAUUUUCUGAAUACGGUAGAAUUGGUGAUCUCAUCGAAAAAAUUGAAACUUUCCAAAAUGAAAUCGAAAUGGAGCCUGGAGAGUAUGAAGGAGAUCCGACUCGUAAAUAUCUGGAAGAACUUGUCGAGGAUAUUGUCAGUGGUUCUGCCACAAUUGCUGAUAGUGGAAGUACGCGUGAUACUCGAAAACAUAAAAUCGUUGACGAAUGCAACAAUUUGAGACAAGCUCUUCAAGAUUUACUAUCAGAAUACGAAAAAUCGGCUGGUAAAAGAGAAUACAAUGACGAUAUUCCACUUGGGAUUGCACAAGUUCACAAGCGAACAAAAGAUCUCCGACGACAUCUGCGACGAGCAAUUGUCGAUCAUAUCAGUGAUGCAUUCUUGGAUACUCGAACUCCUCUCAUACUUCUGAUUGAAGCUGCGAAAGAAGGAAAUGAAGAGAAUACAAAGUAUCGAGCACAUAUGUUCCAGGAACAUGCCAAAGAGAUAGUGGAAGUUGCUCGUUUUUCGUGUCAACUGUCUUCCGAUAAAGAAGGAAUUAGUGUUAUUCAACACACUGCAACACAGUUGGAACGACUCGCUCCACAAGUUUCACAAGCUGCUCUCUUGUUAUGUGCUGAACCAACUUCUAAGUUAGCACAAGAGAAUAUGGAGGCUUACAAGAAUAUGUGGUUUGAAAAAGUGAAUUUGUUGACGACGGCUCUCGAUAAUAUCAUGACGUUGGAUGACUUUUUGGCUGUUAGUGAAGCUCAUAUUGUUGAAGAUUGUGAAAGAGGAAUCAAGGGUAUUCUGGAAAAUGCCUCGACUCCUGAGCAAAACGCUGCGAACUGUGUUGUUGUCGAUUGUGCUGCCGGAUCGAUUCGCGGUCGAGCAUUGAGAGUUUGUGAUGUCGUUGACGCCGAGAUGGAUUUCCUUCGAAACUCAGAAUAUACUGAAACUGUCAAACAAGCUGUCAAGAUCCUUCGGACUAAACGAGUUGAUGAGUUCGCCGAACGCGCUAGUAACCUUGCUUAUCGUCAAGAAGCAUCUGGUCUCACUUGGGACGCCGAUCAAAAAGAUAAUGAGAUGAACGAGUUCAUUAAUGCAUGUACUUUGGUCCAUGAUGCCGUCAAAGAUAUUCGACAUGCUCUUCUUAUGAAUCGUAGUAUGAAUGAUGUGGAUUCGGAUGUGGAGUAUGAAGUAGAAGGUGUUGGAGCAGCUAGUUCAGAUGCUAAUCAAACGAUAUCCGAACAAGAAAACCAACAGAAUUUGAUGAGGCGCCUGCCCGAAGAAGAGAAACAAAAGAUUCAAGCUCAAAUCGACAUUUUCAAAGUCACCCAGAAUAAAUUCGAAAGAGAAGUUGCCAAGUGGGAUGAAACUGGAAACGAUAUCAUAUCACUCGCUAAUAAUAUGUGUAAGAUUAUGAUGAGUAUGACAGAGUUCACAAGAGGGUGUGGUCCACUCAAAACUACGAUGGAUGUGAUUAGAGCGGCACAAGAAAUUGCAGUAAAUGGAUCAAAACUGAAUGCGCUGGCUGAACAAAUUGGAAAGGAAAGUGUAGAUUCGCAAACGAAGAAAGAUUUGCUCGCUUACUUGUCACGGAUCACACUUUAUUGCGGCCAGCUGAAUAUUUGUAGUAAGGUGAAAGCUGAUAUAACUCAAGUUGGAAAUGAUAUGGUUGUUUCUGCUCUCGACUCAGCAAUGUCUCUUAUUCAAAAUGCUAGAAAUCUGCUGGAUGCUGUCGUUCUCACUGUCAAAGCAGCAUACAUUGCAAGUACUAAGAUCGGACGUAAAUUGAAUAUCGAGUGGCGAAUGGCUCCACCUAAAAAGCAACCACUUGUACGACCACAGAAAAACAAUGCUAUAAUCAGACGGGCAUCCGAAAGACGACCUCUGCAACCAGCCAAAGUGCUCGCCGAAUUUACGCGUAACGAUAUCGAAUCGGGUGACCAUGAACUAAAUCACCGUCAGCAACGAAGAGUGAACGGUUAUUCAUAA